CGUCAUCUGUAGGCGGAAAUCGGUGUGAUCGCCAGACUCCAGCAGUGAUCAGUUUAUCUCUGUGCGUGAGCUAAUAAAGACUCGAGCAUUAGCACUCCAUCCAGCAGCGCGAGCGUGUGAAGCGCUGGUGUAUUUAUCGUUGAGCUGUGUAGCAGAAGCGCAGCAGCGCGUGGUGUGAUGGCGUGUUGGUAGAGCUGGAGUGUGAUUGGUCGGUGCGGAGUGCGCUCAUGUCGCGCGCGUUGUGGGCGGCUGCGCGGCUCGUCAGAGUAAACAAACCCGCUGCUCGAGCUCGAGCUCCGCAUCUACCUGCUCCACAGCUUCACAGAGUGUGUGUGUUUGCAGUGGGUUGAGGCGGCUCGGUUCCUCUGUCAGGAUGCCGGAGAUUAACACGGAUCAUCUGGAUGAGAAGCAGGUGCAGCUGCUUGCGGAGAUGUGCAUCGUCAUCGACGACGAUGACCGGAGGAUUGGAGCUGACAGCAAGAAAAACUGCCACCUUAAUUCCAAUAUUGAUAAAGGAUUAUUGCACCGAGCAUUCAGUGUUUUCCUGUUUAACAGCGAGGAAAAGCUGCUCCUUCAGCAGAGAUCCAAUGCCAAAAUCACCUUUCCAGGCUGUUUUACCAACACUUGCUGCAGUCACCCUCUCCACACCGCCAGUGAACUGGAGGAGCAGGACGCCAUCGGGGUCCGACGCGCCGCUCAGAGACGCCUGCAAGCGGAGCUCGGCAUUCCCACCGAUCAGGUGCCUCCAGAAGAGAUGAGCUACCUGACCCGCAUCCACUACAAAGCCCAGUCAGACGGCGUCUGGGGCGAGCACGAGAUCGACUACAUCCUCUUCAUGCAGAAAGACGUGGAUCUGAAUCCAGACGCCAACGAGAUCCAGAGCCACUGCUACGUGUCCAAAGAGGAGCUGAAGGAGAUCCUGGAGAAAGCCCGGCGGAAAGAGCUGGAGAUCACGCCCUGGUUCAGCCUGAUCGCAGAAACCUUCCUCUUCAAGUGGUGGGACAACCUCCAUGACCUCAAACAGUUCAUCGACCACGACGGGAUCCACCGCAUGUAGGCCACGUCUGGACAGGACACGUUAACGGUUAAUAAAAGAACUGAAGGGCUCGUCUUAUUGUUUGUGAAUGUUUGGACAAGCAGGGAGUUAUAUUUAGCAUUAAAGUUCUUAGAAAACUUUUCAAACUGCUGCAGGAACACUGAGCUUUUGCUGUCUGUGUGUCGGAGGACUGAAGGAGGAUUGUGUGGAGUGCCUGGUUUCAUUGAAAGAGUGUGUUGUGUAGAUAAAACUAUCAGGACUCAUUAUGAGGUUUACAGUGAUGUAAAGAAAUUAUUAUGGAAGUAAAAUAAAAUUUGGUUUUUUCGUAGUCUUAUUAAUUUUAACCCAUUCAUUUCACACUUUUUAGGAAAUGAAUAUGGACAAUUAUCCAUAUUAUGAAUCCAUCCAUUCAUCCCUAAGGUGUUCCUCUCAAUAAUACAUUUUAAUUACCAAAUCUAGUGUGGAUAUAUAUAUGUUUGGGCUCAGUAAGAUAUAUAUAUAUGUUUUUUUAAAAGAAGCUCACUAUAUCUGAUUUGAUAAAAAAUGCCGUAAAAUUAACAAUAUUGUGGAAUUUUCUUGCAUUAUUACAAUUUAAAAUAACUGUUCUCUAUUUGAAUAUAAUGUUAAAAUGUAAUGAAUUUAAAUAAUAAAUGAUUUUUUUCCAGCAUCA